AUGGUUGAAAGUGCUAUAUUGAAAUUUAUUUACACCCACCAAAUCGAAUUUAGAGCUGAGAUCUACAAUGGGCUUCGGGAUGCUGUUUUCAACGGCGAGACCAAUGAUGCCUCAAAGGGUAAGAGAAUUAUACUGCCAGCAACAGUUACUGGUGGGCCAAGAUACAUGAUUCAAAAUUAUCAAGACGCCAUGGCAAUAUGUAGGUGCAUUGGUUAUCCAGAUUUAUUCAUCACUUUUACAUGCAAUCCGCAAUGGGACGAAAUACAACGGUAUUGUAGAAUGCAUAAAGUCAAACCAGAGGAUAGGCCAGACAUGAUUUGCAGACUAUUCAAGGUUAAAGUGGACAUGAUGAUUAAAGAUCUUAGAUACAACAAAUUAUUUGGUACUACAAAAGCAGUUAUCUACACAAUAGACUUCCAAAAGAGGGGACUCCCACAUGCACAUAUAUUAUUAUUCUUGCAUGAACAAGAUAAAUACCCAACCCCUGCAGACAUAGACAAAAUCAUAUGUGCUGAAAUUCCUAAUGCUGAUGUUGACAAUGCAUAUUACAAGGCUGUAAAGAGUUUUAUGCUUCAUGGUCCAUGUGGUCUUAGCAAACCAACUUCGCCUUGCAUGGAGGAAGGUCGUUGCAUCCGUCAUUUCCCUAAGAAGUUCAACAAAAUGACUACAGUUGAUGAAGAUGGUUACCCAGUAUAUAAGCGUCGAGACAAUGGACGCACGGUGGAAGUUUCAGGAAUUCAUCUAGACAACCGAUAUGUUGUGCCAUAUAAUAAAAUGUUGUUGCUCAAAUACCGUGCUCACAUUAACGUCGAAUGGUGUAACCAGUCAAGAUCUAUCAAGUAUUUGUUCAAAUAUGUAAAUAAAGGAAGUGAUCGCGUCACAACUUAUUUUUCUACAAAGUCCCCCGAUGGUAAGACAACUUUAGAAGUUGAUGAAGUGAAAAUGUUUUACGAUUGUCGAUAUAUAUCUCCUUGUGAAGCUGCUUGGAGGAUCUUUUGCUAUGACAUUCACUACAGAAAUCCAUCGGUUGAGAGGCUAAGCUUUCAUUUGCCGGAUCAACAACCGGUUGUAUUUACGGAUAAUGAAUCAUUGGUUGAAGCUGUUGCAAAGGCAACUGUUAAAGAGUCCAUGUUUCUAGGCUGGUUUGUAGCAAACAAAACAAAUGCUGAAGCUAGAAAACUAACCUAUAAUGAGUUUCCAAGCAAGUUUGUUUGGAAAUCAUCUCUGAGAGCUUGGAAACCCAGGAAAAGUCAUCAGGUCAUUGGAAGGAUGAUCUUUGUACCACCAUCAUCCGGUGAGCUAUAUUAUUUAAGGUUGUUGUUAAACAUUGUAAAAGGACCAACAACCUAUGCAGAUAUCAGGACUUACAAUGGUGUAAUCUACUCAUCAUUUCGAGAUGCAUGCUAUGCACGUGGUUUGCUAGACGACGACAAAGAAUAUAUAGAUGCCAUUGAAGAAGCAAGUCAUUGGGGCUCAUGUCAUUAUUUGCGGAGGUUGUUUGCGACACUACUAUGGUCUAAUUCAAUGGUGCGACCGGAAGUUGUCUGGAAAAAAACCGCCAUCCUAUUAAGUGAUGGAAUUUUGCAUGAUCACAGAGUCAUGUUUAGCCUACAUGAUCUACUUUUCAGUGAGGAAGAAUUAAAGGAUCUAACCGUGAUUGACGUUGAACAAAUAUUGAACAGUAACGGAAAGACUUUGCACGAUUAUCCAACCAUGCCAUUUCCAUCAAGAGAUACCGACCAUCUUAGGACGCGAAACAAAAUGAUCUUUGACGAAUUAAAUUAUGAUCGAGUUCUGUUAGAAAAGCAACCUAAUGACUGCCUCUCAAAAUUAACUGCCGAGCAAAAGGGGGUAUAUGAUAAAAUCAUGAGCUCUACAGAUAGUCAACAUGGACGUGUGUUCUUUUUUGUAUGGCCAUGGAGAUACAGGAAAAAUUUUUCUUUGGAUAACUUUAGCUUCAGCACUAAGAUCAUGUGGACAAAUAGUGCUAACUGUUGCAUCUAA